UUUAGAAUUUGACAUCUUUCAAGAUUUUAAGAAAUUCACAUUACGUAAAUCAGCGAGCAAAAAUUUCAUAAGUGCAAGGAUUGAGGAGGAAAAAUGUUGAAAGUAGCAAAUACUGUACGGUUUGUGGCAAAAAAGGGUAAUAAUGUACGCGCCCUAGCCACAGCCGCCGCCUACAAGCAGGCCCUCGUCAACGUUCCUCCGACGCAGCUUACAGUACUCGACAAUGGGAUCCGCGUUGCCUCUGAGGAUUCCGGCGCUGCUACUGCCACUGUGGGGCUCUGGAUUGAUGCCGGAUCGAGGUACGAGAACUCCAAGAACAAUGGAGUCGCCCACUUUUUAGAGCACAUGGCUUUUAAAGGAACUAGCAAAAGGUCCCAGACCGACUUAGAACUCCUCGUAGAGAACAUGGGCGCACACUUGAACGCGUAUACAUCUCGGGAGCAGACGGUUUUCUACGCUAAAUGUCUCGCCAACGAUAUCCCCGCUGCCGUAGAAAUCCUUGCUGACAUCAUUCAAAAUUCUUCACUCGCUGAACCCGAAAUCGAACGAGAACGCGGCGUUAUCCUCCGUGAAAUGCAAGAUGUAGAGAGCAAUCUGCAAGAAGUUGUGUUUGACCAUUUGCAUGCAACUGCAUUCCAGGGCACUCCUCUAGGACAAACCAUUCUUGGACCCACCAAAAACAUUAAGAAGAUUUCUAAGUCAGAUCUCCAGCAGUACAUCAAAACUCAUUAUCAGCCAAGCAGGAUUGUGUUGUCUGGUGCUGGUGGUAUUACUCAUGGCAAACUUGUAGACUUAGCAAGUAAGCAUUUGGGUGGUCUGAAGAACACAGCUACAGAUGUUGAGUUACUACCUUGUCGUUACACUGGCUCAGAAAUUCGUGUUAGAGAUGAUUCAAUGCCUCUUGCACAUGUUGCCAUUGCAGUUGAAGGAGCAGGAUGGACUGAUGCUGAUAACAUUCCUCUGAUGGUGGCCAACACCCUUAUUGGAGCAUGGGACAGGUCUCAGGGAGGGGCUGCAAACAACGCAUCUUAUUUAGCCAGAGCUGCCUCUUGUGAGAACCUUUGUCACAGCUUUCAGUCAUUCAACACUUGCUACAAAGACACUGGUUUAUGGGGCAUUUACUUUGUAGCUGAACCAAUGCAAAUUGAAGACAUGGUCUACAAUAUCCAAAAAGAAUGGAUGAAGCUGUGUACAUCAGUGACUGAAGGAGAGGUUGACAGAGCAAAGAACCUACUUAAGACUAAUAUGUUAUUGCAACUGGAUGGAACAACACCUGUGUGUGAGGAUAUUGGUCGUCAAAUUUUAUGUUACAACAGGCGUAUUCCCCUUCAUGAGCUAGACGCAAGGAUUGACUCUGUCUCUGUGCAGAAUAUCAGAGAUGUUUGCUACAAAUUCCUCUUCGACCGCUGCCCAGUUGUUGCAGCCGUUGGACCUACUGAAGCUCUUCCAGACUACACCAGAAUUCGCGCUGGCAUGUACUGGCUCAGGGCGUAAACCCAUAAUUAUUAUAAUAUUAUAUUAGUAAAAAUUCAAAUCAGUUAAGUUAAUAACCAUUAAACUUCUCUCCCAAAUGUCUUUUGUUUUAUUGAAAUAAAACUCUUGUCUUUGGA